ACCGCCACGCGGGGCGCAAGUCGCCGCGCCAGCGCUGCCAGCGAGUUCCUUCUCGUUCGUUCGAUUCCUAUUGCCAAACUGAACUCUCUUGCUUUCUUGCAAGAUGAAAGGAGUCAACCAUGUAUGAGUCACUAGACAAUGUAGCAAAUGCUUCUGAUUUCCCGGACUAUAUGGUUACUUUCGAAAAUUGCACCGAUGAAAAAAUCCCACUCAAGAUGCACUACCUCCCUGUUAUCUACGGCAUCAUCUUCCUCGUAGGUUUUCCAGGUAAUGCGGUAGCAAUUUCCACUUACAUUUUCAAAAUGCGACCCUGGAAAAGCAGCACCAUCAUUAUGCUGAACCUUGCCUGCACAGAUCUGCUGUAUCUCACCAGCCUCCCCUUCCUGAUUCACUACUAUGCCAGCGGUGAAAAUUGGAUCUUUGGGGAUUUCAUGUGCAAAUUUAUCCGCUUCGGCUUCCAUUUCAACUUGUACAGCAGCAUCCUCUUCCUUACCUGUUUCAGCAUCUUCCGCUACUGCGUGAUCAUUCACCCGAUGAGCUGCUUUUCCAUUCACAAAACUCGGUGGGCGGUGGUGGCCUGUGCUGUGGUGUGGAUCAUUUCACUGGUGGCUGUCAUCCCCAUGACCUUCCUGAUCACCUCGACCACCAGGACCAACAGAUCUGCCUGCCUUGACCUCACCAGUUCAGACGACCUCACUACUAUUAAAUGGUACAAUCUGAUUCUGACUGCCACCACUUUCUGCCUCCCCUUGGUGAUAGUGACACUCUGCUAUACCACGAUCAUCUACACCCUCACCCAAGGGCCUCAGACUCGCAGCUGCCUUAAGCAGAAAGCUCGAAGGCUAACCAUUCUGCUACUGCUUGUGUUUUACAUAUGCUUUUUACCCUUCCACAUCUUGAGGGUCAUUCGGAUCGAAUCUCGCCUGCUUUCAAUCAGCUGCUCCAUCGAGAAUCAGAUCCAUGAAGCUUACAUCGUUUCCAGACCGUUAGCUGCCCUGAACACCUUUGGUAACCUGCUACUGUAUGUGGUGGUCAGCGACAACUUCCAGCAGGCCGUCUGCUCAGUAGGGAGAUGCAAAGCAACUGGGGACCUCGAUCAAGCAAAAAAAGUCAGCUACUCAAACAACCCUUGAGACACUGCAUUUACUCCACCAAAAAUAAGAGACUGCUGAUACUUUACCUAUCACUCCUAAUAAGUCCAGAAUAUCUCCCUCCAUGGAACUCCUAGUAUAUACUGUAUAUUCAGGUAAUUAUGUGCCAAAGCCAGAACAGUUCUGUGCAAUCCCUUUAUUGAGAUCCUCUCUGGGGUGUAAGAAUGGGAUGCAUGCCUAUCAAUAAAGUAUUCAUACAGAGAAUUACAAACUAUUGGAACUCAGGGCAUCUUAGAGAUCACCUAUUCCCACCUGCUUAAUACAUAUACAUGGAAACAAGUUCAUACACUUGCCCUUGAUCUCUCAGUAAAUUAGUGGCAUGAUAGGGGGAAACCAAUGUUUUUGCUAUAGUUUCUUGCUUUUCCAUACUCUGGGGCCUAUUUGUAUGGAACCAAUAGACUAUUAAAAGGUAUUACUUGUAAUACCUUUCAUAAAAUUGAUUUUUGACAUCUCACAUCUUUCCAACUUUUUUCCUUCAAGCUUUGCUUUGAGAUUAUUAACCUGGGUUUUUCACAAGGCUUUGGUCAAUUCUGUAGAUUAAAGCAAGCCAGUGAAAUAAUUCAAAGAUGUCAAUACUUAUAGCUGAAAUUAUUAAUAGAACCUGUAAAAUAUUUGGGAUACUAUGUCUUUAUUGUUAUAGACCAUUUUAAAAGUUGUUAUUGACUUUAUAAAGAUUAUUAAGUUAUAUUAGUAAUUAUCAACAUGUCUUGAGGAAGGAGGGGACACUUUGGGGAAUGGAAGUACUUUUAAAUAUGUACAUAUUGGGUGUUAAAUCAAAUUUUACAUUGUUUUGAUUUCUAUGGUGAACAUUCUAGGAAAUGCUAAUUCUCUUUAGAUAUCCUGCUCUUUUAUGACUAAAAUAAACAGACAUCUAUUUUAACAGCUAAAGCUAUUUUUGAGCUGUAUUUGUACUUAAUUACCAGUAAGUAUAAAUAUUUGAGAAAAUGCCUGGUCUGGAUAUUUAAA